AUGAGCAAAGAGAACUUUCAAGGAUACAUCGUGCCUUCCGAGGAUGCCCACAAGAGUGAAUUCGUGCCGCCGCAUUACAAGAGGAGACAGUACCUCACCGGCUUUUCGGGAGACUCGGGCACCGCGGUCGUGCUGCUGGACUUCGCCGCCGUGUGGGUGGAGAGCCGGUUCAUGCUGCAGGCCGAGGAGGAGCUCGACUGCAACUGGGUGCUGAUGAACGGCGGCCAGCCGGACGUACCGGUCAUCGAGGAGUGGCUCAAGAGUAACCUGCGCGGAAGCUCGCGCGUCGGCGUCGACGCACGCAUCGUGCCUUUCCAGGAGUACCGCAAGAUGGAAGAGAACCUCCAUCCGUUUGGCAUUGAGCUCGUGGGCGAACCGCGUCAUCUGGUGGACGAGAUAUGGACGCCCAUGGAAGGCAGGCCGUACGAGUCCAACAGCAGCAUCGUUGUUCACAGUGUGGAGUUUGCCGUUCGUUCAGUGUUUUGUUUGCAUGCCGCCUCGGGCAGUAGUCUGCGCAUAGUUCAACGAAAAAAGGACGUUGAAGAGUGUGCUAGCUUUGUUCGCCUUCUUUUUGUGUUGUUGUUGGCUGAAACUAUCCAGCAUAAAAAGUGUACUUUCUGCCAGACUGUAAAUCCCAGCACUUGUUUUUUUUUUUCCUUUUUGCCGCACUCAGGUGAGAGCUGGCAGGACAAGGUUCGCAAAGUGCGCGAAUUUCUGAAGAAGUCCGGCAUUGACGCCAUAUUGAUAACGGACCUGGGAGAAAUCGCAUGGCUGUACAACAUGCGUGGCAAUGACGUGCCGUACACGCCUGUGUUCGAGGCCUUCGUUUUCCUGUCACAAGACGAACAAAGACUGUACGUGAGCGCACGAAAAUUGACGUCCGAGGUCCGAAAUUACCUUAUCAUGGAAGACUGCAACAACUGGGCUUGUGUCCAGUUUUUUCAGUGGAGAGACUACAAGCUUGUUUACAACGAGAUGAACAUCAAUGGAAACGCAGUGAACAGGCUGCUCGUAUCACCAUUCUGCAGUUAUGCAAUCUGCGGCCACAUUGACAUAGACAAGCUGGUUGUCAGUGAGGCCCCAAUAAAAAUGAUGAUGACUGUGAAGAACAACAUCGAACUGCGGGGACUACGAAAUGCUCACUUGAAAGACUCGAUCGUGUUUGUGACCAUGCUCGCGCACAUGGAGAGGGACUACUUGUCUAAAAAGCCGUGGACGGAAGCACGCGUCAUCUAUGAGCUGGAACGGCUAAGGAGCCACCAGCAGCACUACCGGGGCGAGAGUUUCAGCAGCGUGGCGGCUGUGGGCCCCAACGCCGCGGUUCCCAGCCAUCACGCCCGCAACGGGUCCGGAGGUUACAUCAGCAACGCCAGCCUGGUGCUCAUUGACGCCGGGGCGCAGUACCUUGACGGCACUACUGAUAUUGCGAGGACGAUUCAUUUCGGAGUGCCGUCGGACUUCGAAAAAGAGGUCUACACGAGGGUACUCAUCGGCAUGAUCGACUUGUUCCUGACAAUUUUUCCUGAAGGAACCAAAGACGGUGCCUUGGACGUAGUGGCAAGGCGGUCCCUGUGGAGUGUCGGCCUCGACUUUCUGCAUGGUGUCAGCCACGGACUAGGCUCCUACAUGCUGGCUCACGAACAUCCUCCACUGAUUUCUCCGUUCAGUAAAGGAUAUCCGCUUUUAGCUGGAAUGAUCCUGUCGAACGAGCCGGGUUACUAUGAAGAAGAGCGACUGGGAGUGCGUCUUGAAACGACGAUGCAGAUCACUCCGUUCAACACUACUUACAGGUUCAUGUCCCACAAGUUUUGCAAGUUUGAACCCAUCACGUUCGUGCCUUUCCAAGCGAGCCUGAUCAAGUGGGAGCUGCUGAACAAGGCGCAGCUGGACUGGCUGAACGACUACAACGCCCGCACCUUGGACGUCGUGGGCAGCGAGCUCAAGCGCAUGAAGAAGCACGACGCACUGUCCUGGCUGCAGGCGCGGACCUUCCGCGUCGAGAUGAAGAACGGCUCGAUGCCCGUGCUGCGCGUGGCCGGACACCACGGCCUGCUGGCGCACGACGGCCACGGCGGGCACCACCACGCCGGACACACCGGCGGUCAAAGGUCUCCAGCAUCGCGGUCAAAGGGCUGGACGUCGGCGUCCGGCUCAUCUCAGCCGGGACGAGUGCUUCUCGCGCUGGCAUCGACGCUGCCCAGCCUCGCAAUGUUGCUGAGGCUGCCAGCGUGAGUUGGCAGCGGAUCAGCAAGUAUUGUGUGAGCACUGGUGGUUCGGACGAGACACUGUGCAUGCCGGUGUUGUGAAAACGUGGACAUCGAUGACAAACGAAGGAUGUUUGUGCAUGAAAAACCAAAAGAAAACUAGAAAGGACAUUUGUGCACAUUGCUGGAAAAGCGGACAGGCCGUUACUUCGCUUUUCCCACUGUUUGUCGCCGCUUGGUGGCCUUUUCUUUUUUUUUGUGAAAGUGGUCGGUCAUUGAACUGUUGUUUCCUUUACCGCUGUGUUUGGUAGAGUAAAGUUGUUGGAGAUGGAUUUGCA